AUAGAAUCAGUGUUAAUGCGCAUGCGUUUCGCCAUCUGCACUUUCUUCUCCCCGGGAAUAGACUGCCAACGCUGCCUCACUGUAACGUUUCACCAGUGGUAUUAGUUUCUAUUUUACGGAUUGUUUUUGCUCAUAAAGAGGAUUUCGAGUGUCUUAUAUGAGUAAUCAAAGGCAGCAGAAGCCUACGCUCACAGGCCAGCGUUUCAAAACCCGGAAAAGAGAUGAAAAGGAGAGGUUUGACCCCACCCAUUUCCAGGAAAGCAUCGUACAAGGUCUGAACCAAUCUGGCACUGAUUUGGAAGCCGUCGCGAAGUUCCUUGAUUCCUCUGGUGCCAAACUUGACUACCGCCGCUAUGUGGAGACCCUUUUCGACAUCCUGGUGGCUGGUGGGAUGCUGGCCCCAGGGGGUACCUUGUCAGAUGACAUGACUCGCACAGAGUUCUGUCUCUUCAAAGCACAAGAGGACAUGGAGACCAUGCAGGCAUAUGCCCAGGUCUUUAACAAGCUCAUCCGGCGUUACAAAUACUUGGAGAAAGGAUUUCAAGAGGAGAUUAAAAAGCUGCUGCUGUUUCUCAAGGGCUUCACUGAGUCUGAACGCAACAAGCUAGCCAUGCUAGCAGGAAUUCUGCUGGCCAACGGCAAUCUCUCUGCAGCCAUUCUAAGCAGCCUGUUCAAUGAGAACCUCGUCAAAGAAGGUGUCUCAGCGUGCUUUGCUGUAAAACUCUUCAAAUCCUGGUUUUCUGAAAAGGACAUCAACUCUGUUUCUUCCGGUCUCCGAAAGGUUGGCAUGGACAGCAGGCUCAUGGAGCUGUUUCCUGCCAACAAGCGCAGUUGUGAGCACUUCUCAAAGUACUUCACAGACGCCGGCCUGCCGGAGCUUUCGGACUUUGCCCGGAACCAGCAGUCCAUAGGCGCUCGCAAGGAGCUGCAGAAGGAGCUGGAGGAGCAGAUUUCACGCGGGGACCCGCUCAAAGACAUCAUCCUCUACGUCCGCGAGGAGAUCCAGAAGAACAACAUCUCCGAGCAGAUGAUGAUCGGGCUAAUCUGGGCCAGUGUAAUGAGCUCGGUGGAGUGGAACAAGAAGGAGGAGCUGGUCACGGAGCAAGCCAUCAAACUUCUCAAGCAAUACAGCCCGCUGCUGAAGGCGUUCACCUCCCAGGGCCUCUCUGAACUCACCCUCCUGCUGAAGAUCCAGGAGUACUGUUACGACAACAUCGAAUUCAUGAAGGCAUUCCAGAAAAUUGUUGUGCUGCUCUACAAAGCGGACGUUUUGAGUGAGGAGGCAAUCCUUAAGUGGUACAACGAUGCCCACGUUGCCAAAGGAAAGAGCGUCUUCCUUGAACAGAUGAAAAAGUUUGUUGAAUGGCUAAAGAACGCAGAGGAAGAGUCGGAGUCGGAGGAAGAGGAGGCAGACUGAGGACUUCUACCUAUAACUGCCAUCUUGAUUUGUAUUUUUACAUUAGCAUAGCACCAGAUGCAGUAGAAGGACUCAUUACGGGAGUCUUGUCUGUAUUUUGUUUUUUUCUUCCUUCUCUAUUCCCUACCUCCUUUAUAACUAGUUCAACUGUAAUGUAAGGGCUUUAAUAUGGUUUGAUUUUCCAACAUGUUUUCUGUCUGACUCGAUACUUGUACUCGUCUUUAUACUCCUUACAAGGAGCCGGUCACAGAAACACAUUUAGCUGAAUGGAUUGAAACCCCAUUUACUUAACAAAGGGGGCUUCUUUUGGACCGACGGUUUCCUUCUAAAUUAGCCCGUUUAGAGGCAUAUUUCACAGCUAUUAUAUUCAGUCAUGGAACUCUUACUUUCCAGAGGUCGGUCUGUGUGGCCAUGACAUCUCGCCCUCUGAAAGGCAAAAUGUUUUUGCAACGUAAUUUGACAUUUCUGCCAAUUAUGUGACAACUUUGUAGUUUUUGUCUCUAUUCUUGGCGAUGGAGCUAUGCCAUUUCAAGCCUUGCUUAUGGGGGCAACGAACCAUAAAAUUAACUUCAAUUGUUUUCUACAUCUUACAAAACUGAACCAUGCAAAUGUAUUUUUUUUUUUUUCCUUUACCAUACAGUUUGACUUUUUAAAAUAAAUGGAAAUUAAUGGGU